UGAAAGCCUCAUGCCCCCUCCCCUUCCCAGUUUUCAGUUUUCACACUCUUUCUUUAGACUUUUUAUUUUGAGUUGCUCUGCUUUGUUCCUUCGUGUUCUUCCCUCUCUGCAACAUUUGUCGGACCCAUUUUAGAGCUCAACUGUUGUUGCAUGUUUAUGGAUUGAACCCAUUACUAAUCCAUUGAUUCUAUCCAAGCUUUUGAUAUCUUAUUACUGAAUAGAGAGCUCAGCAAAAGUUUUGAUAUUCUUGUAAAGUUCUCAGCUUUCAAAGGUAAGAUACUUUCAUUUGGAAGUGAACCAAAAAAGUUUCAGUUUUUAGAAGACGAAGCUAACAGAGAGUCAGAAGGAAAGAAAAGCUUUUUCGUAUCUGGGUCAUUCGUUUCAUCCAUUUUUGGUGAUUUUGGGAGGUGGGUUUUGAAGAUUUUGGCUUAAAAACUUCGAUAGAUGAUUGUUAGCUCUCUUUGUAAUGCAGGGACUAAAUUUUCGGGGGAAGAAGCCAUAGUUGUAAGAAAGAUGACAGAACACAAACGGAGCCCCUGCUCUGUCGACCAAAGCAGCUUCCCAUCUCUUGCAUCCAAACGACAGAAGCCCGAUUUAUUGAUUUCCACCAAGGAGAGAAAGGAGAAGCUUGGGGCAAAGAUUGUAGCUCUACAACAACUAGUUUCACCAUAUGGAAAGACUGACACAGCUUCUGUUCUUAUGGAGGCAAUGGAAUACAUACAAUUUCUUCACGAACAAGUUAAGGUGUUGAGUGCUCCAUAUCUCCAAAGUACACCACCCACUAAGAUACAGGAAAUGGAGGCAUACAAGUUGAGAAACAGGGGUUUGUGUUUGGUUCCUGUGUCUUGUACACUUGGGGUUGCUCGAAGUAAUGGUGCAGAUAUCUGGGCACCAAUUAAGACAACUUCUCCCAAGUUUGACAGUUCAUCUUCUAUCACACACUCACAAUUUCAUUGAUAUAUCUAUAUAUAUCAAUAUAGUGAUAUAUAACAGUACUAGUAGUAACCAAACCAAAUGGAUUUCAUUGUGAAGGCACAACAAAGUUUUGUCAAGAAAAGAAAUGAAAUGUAACUGAUACUAUUAAUUAGUCAUAGCCAAGAAGAUCGUUCCCAAAUGUAAUUUUAGUAUAUAUGUAAGUCAACAUGUAUGUACUCAGUUCCACACCAAUCCGGUUUAUAACUGGUGAUGGGACUAAUUUGGUAGUUGUUUCUGCCUGGCAUAUAUGCCAUUUGUAAUGCUAUAUAUUUAUAUAAAUAUGUAUUACUACUA